AACUCUGGAAAUAGUUCCAUUCGAAUGGAACGAAACCGCUACAUAAAGGCACAUGCAACAGAAGUAAACUGGAAAGGACGACAAGUGUGACCCUGUCUGCGUUGAAAUCAGAGCUUCCUUGCUGCUACCACUACGGUCACACUAGCACGCCCACGUUUGCUCCUUCCAGCUGCUGGUAUAUCUGUUGCCCGUGGGAGCAGUCAUGGAGCAGUCUCGGCCGCAGGCGAGGUCCUCCUCCUCCUCCUCCGCCUCCACAGGGGGCGGGGUCGGCAAGCCCCAGGACUCUGGACUCCUCACGCGCGACGACUUCGACGGCGGACCCGUGAGCAUCGACGAAGUGGACACAGGACUUUUUUUGGGCAACCUCACGGCCGCCACACACAUGGAGACGCUGCGUUCCUUCAAGAUCACCCACAUCCUGACACUGGACUCGGUGCCCCUGCCGCAGCACAUCCUGGAGGCCAGCUUCCUCACCACCAAGUACAUACAGAUUGCCGACAUGCCGCGCGAGGACAUCCUGCAGCAUCUGGAGGGCUGUGUGGACUUCAUCAGCGCCGCCUUGGCCCAGCAGGGCAAUGUCCUGGUGCACUGCUACUUUGGCGUCAGUCGCAGCUCCUCCACGGUCAUCGCCUACAUGAUGAAGCGCCACAACCUGGACUUCCUGCCCGCCUACGAACUGGUCAAGUCCAAGCGCCGCUUCGUCCAGCCCAACGCCGGAUUUGUCAGCCAACUGAAGCUCUUCCGGCGCAUGGGCUGCAAGAUCGAUCCGAGCUGCCAGCGCUACAAGAUCCACCGCCUCCGCUUGGCCGGCGAGCAGAUGCGCAAGGCCAAGAUCCUGCCGCAGAGCUUCCACAAUGUGGUCCGCCCAGAUCCGGACAUCACGCGCGAGAACCCGGAGCCCAUUGUCUUCCGCUGUCGUCGGUGUCGCCGCGUCUUGGCCUCCAAAUCCCAUGUGCUGGAGCAUAAACCGCGCGACAGGCCGCCAUCGCAGGAGGUGGUGGAGAUGGAGCCCCAGCAACAGCCGCAGUCCAAGCCUAAGCCCACCCAGGAGGAAGGACCUGAGCAGCCCAGUGCAGGUGGUCCUCGCAUGCUGGAGCAGCUGGCCGAGCGCAUCCGGCAGUCGUCAUUGGGUUCGCCCAACCAUGAGGGCACCCCCAACCAUUGCCGCAGCAUAUUGUUUGUGGAGCCCAUUGCCUGGAUGCACCGCAUCAUGCUGAACACCCAAGGUCGCCUCUACUGUCCCAAGUGCGAACAGAAACUGGGAAAUUUUAGCUGGAUCAACGCCUGCAAGUGUCCUUGCGGGGAGACGAUGACCCCGGCAUUUUACCUGAUACCUUCCAAGGUGGAGCUCUCCAAGGCCGUGCAGAAUGUGCAGACCACAGUUUAGGUGCUGUUUGCACGAAAAAGAAGGAGAUGGCAUCACAGUUCCGGCACAGAAAUGGAAUUAGUCUCAUGCCCAUGUCCACUGUCGCCAGAUCCAGGACACCAAUGGUUCAUUGUUUGUAGUCGCUGCUAAGGGCAUACAACUAAGUUUCAAAUAGAUCAAUCUAUAGAAGCAUUGUGGUAUUUGCAAUAUCACGGUUUUAGGAAAAAUCACAUUUUAAAGUCUUAAUUUAAAUUAUCUUCUUAAGUACUCCAUUUGAUUGGCAUGCAUAUCAAAAGUUGCCCUUUCCUAGUGUGAUUUAUUUUUUAUUUCAUAAUUUAGAGAUAAGAUUUCGUUGAACCUUAAAAAACUGUACAUACUUUGUAAGUACCAACCACUUUGUUACAUUGUAAUAUAUAGAAUUUUAUACAUUUUGUAAUCCGUUUAAAA